AUGGUUCUUCUGGAGAAGAAACACUGCUCUGAUGUUCUGUGGUGUGCUGAUUUAUCUCAGCUCACUGACUGUUUAUCUUCACACAAACUCUUCCCACAGCUGCGCACCGAUGCUGAGAAGCGCUCGCUGGUUGAAAGUGGCCUUUCCUGGUACAGCGAGGAGGGGAAGGCACAAUGCCGGAAUGAGGGAGGAUACGACACAGGCAGCCUUAAGGCGGAGUCGUCCAGCAAAUGGAAAAAAAGCCGAUCUCAGGAUGACACGGGAGUCAAGGGUGAGCUGAGGAAACCGCAGACGCUUGGCCACCCGCCCAGCGGACUGAAGAAGAGCCGUAACCCUCCUGUAGGCGUGACCUCCCCCAUCACGCACACCUCACAGAGCAUGCUCAAAGUGCCAGGAGUUCCAAAGAACGAUCAGCGAGUCGUGGAUAAAGCCAAAAUGCCAGUGAAAUCCUCAGGCUUACAGCGCUCCAGUUCGGAUGCAGGGAAAGAUCGUGGCGAGCACAGAAAACCUCCCUCUGGUCUCAUCCGUCCCUCUGCCGGCACGGUUAAUUCCUUCGGUUACAAGAAAACCGUUCCAACUACCGGCACCGCCACUGUGCUAACAACUAGUGGAAACACCGUCUCCGAAAACUCUGCGAUUGUCAACAAAACUCCUAAAACCUCUGGUAUCCCAGUGAAACCCUCUGCCGGCGAGGUGGGUGGAGGACGCAAGACCAGUCUUGAUGUGUCGAACUGUGAUCAAGGUUUCAUGGCUCCGAACGCACGCAACAACAUCCAGUAUCGUAGUCUCCCGAGACCUGCUAAGUCCAGCACCUUGAGUUUGACGGGAGGACGGCCGGGCGCUCGUCACGUCAGCAGCAAUAUGGACGCUGGUCUGCAGGGCCUAAAAACAGUGCCCGCCCCGUCCAGACUGAAGGAACCAGGCAGUGUUAAGAGCUCCCAUCGGGCCAGUACAGGAGGGUGCGCUCCGGUCAACCAGACGGACCGGGAGAAGGAGAAGGCCAAAGCCAAGGCGGUGGCGUCUGAUUCUGAGUGCGGCGGAGGCGGCCUGCUAAAGAACGGCACAUUGACACCAACACAGAGCACGCUGGAGCCUCCUUCCAGACUACUUGGGCUUCGGCAGCCAUCCAGCGUGGGCAAAUAUUCAGAGCUGCCCUCUCCCAACUCUCAGAGGCCCUCCAGUGCCAGAUCACUGCCCAAACCUGCUCACUUGGACAAGGUCAACUCCAACAGCCUGGACUGUGGGAUAGUCAGCGUGGAGGACCAGCUUCCUCCCAAAGUGCCGCCCUUCUCCAAAUUACAAGAACUAUCAGGAAUUAGCAGCACAAGCUGUCUGACGCCCAGUCCAGCUCCCAUCCUCAAUGUCAAUUCCUCUGAGUGUUUCUCCAGCGCCACCAUGGGCCGAGGGGGCAGCGCUGGCGGCUCUCCCUCGAUCUACCCCCGCCUCUCUGGGCUGCACCGUAGCAUGGAGUCCUUGUCUCUGCAGAUGAGUGUGUCUCCAGCAGGGGGCGGCAUGUCAGAGCCCAGGCCCAGACAUGAGGACAGAGGGACGGAUGGUGGCUGGUCGACAGGAAGCAGGGUCUCGCUCACACUCACAACAGACAGCUCACAAAGGGACAGAAAUACUCUCCCAAAGAAAGGCUUAAGCCAGCACAUCUCCUCGCAGGCUGAGGAGGACAGCAAAGAGAGACGUCACUCGCACACUAUAGUGAGCCUGACUGAGGUCAACAGCCCGCCACAGUUCCCUUCACCCAUACUGACAGGAAAAACACCACUGACGAGCAUCAUAGCACCCAGUCCCACCUCAGGAACGCCAAGAAUGACCAGAUCCAACAGCAUCCCCGCUCACGAGGCCAGUUUUGAGCUGUAUCAGGCCUCUCCGCUGGGCAGCACCUUAUCGCUCGCCGAGCGGCCCAAGAGCAUGAUCCGAUCCGGCUCCUUCAGAGACAGAGACGCCGGCGAUGACGUUCAUGGCUCAGUGCUCUCACUGGUGUCUAAUGCCUCCUCCAGCUACUCCUCAGCGGAGGAGAGAAUGCAGGGCGAGCAAAUCCGUAAGCUGAGGAGGGAGCUGGAGUCUUCACAGGAGAAGGUGGCCAAUCUGACCUCACAGCUGUCUGCUAAUGCCAACCUGGUGGCAGCAUUUGAGCAGAGUCUGGCCCUCAUGACCUCUCGACUCCAGACCCUCUCUGUCAGCUCUGAUCAGAAGGACAGUGAAUUACUGGACCUUAGAGAAACAAUCGAGAGCCUAAAGACCAAGAACAUGGAGGCGCAGGCCGUUAUCCAAGUCGCACUCAGUAACCCAGAUGUUGCCCCCAAAGAGUUGCGAAUCAGGAGGCAGAACUCAUCCGAGAGCAUCUCUAGUCUGAACAGCAUUACCAGUCACUCCAGUGUGGGCAGCUUGAAAGACGACGCCAAGAAGAAGAAGAAAAAGAGCUGGUUACGAAGUUCUUUUGGCAAGGCGUUCAGCAUUAAGAAGGGCGCUAAAGGUGGCUCCAUGUACUCUGAUAUUGAAGAGAUCGCCACUCCAGACUCUUCUGCACCCAACUCACCAAAACUGGGUCAUGAAGAUGGAGAGAACCCGCCCACUUCCCUCCCAUCCAGCCAAUCAGCCACCUCCUCUGUGAUCCAUGAAAGCAACGAGGAAAACGAGAGCGAUGAGAAGAUGGUGUCAGAGCUGCGGUCUGAGCUGUGGGAGAAAGAGAUGAAACUGACGGACAUUCGGCUAGAAGCGCUGAGCUCAGCACAUCAGCUGGAGCAGCUACAAGAGACCAUGAACAACAUGCAGAGUGUGGUGGAGAGUCUGAAGGCAGAGAACGAUCAGCUGAAAACAGGAAGUGCUCCAUCAUCCCUUGUCCUUCCUUGCAGCCCACCUUCUACUUCCACCUCCCAGCCGUCUGGUCUGGCCAGCCUCCUGAACUCCAACCAAACCAAACCACCCAUGAGCCUCACCAAGUCCUUUAGCCUCAGCCUCAAUGAGUGCUCCAACACUGACAUUGCUCCUAUGGAGUUACUGAGCCUGUCAUCUCAGAGGAAUGAGGUCUUUACGCGUGUGGUGGUCCGUAUAGCUGACCAGCAAGUGUCCAGAGAGGUGAGGCAGCAGGAUUUCUACAUCGGCUCUGUGAGGAUUCGUGGGAAAACUGAAUGGUCUAUGUUAGACACGGACAUCUCCACAGCUUUCAGGGACUAUAUUUCGCAGGUGGAUCCUAGUGCGAGUAUGGGACUGUCUGUCGACUCUAUCCACAGUUACAGUAUUAAUCAGAGCAGGAGGGUGCUUGGAGCCGAAGCCCCAGAAAGUUCACCCUGUGACUGUUUAAAAAAGGGCCCUGGACUCGUCACUGUCGCCCUCAAAGGUUUUAAGGAGAAGUGUGUGGACAGUCUGGUGUUUGAGACGCUCAUCCCCAAGCCCAUGAUACAACACUACAUAAGUCUGCUUCUGAAGCACCGACGGCUGGUCCUGUCGGGCCCCAGCGGCACGGGGAAGACCUAUCUCACCACCCGACUGGCUGAGUACCUGCUGGAGAAGAGCGGCCGUGAGCCCGGCCCUGGCCUUUUCACCACCUUCAACAUGCACCAACAAACCUGCAAGGACCUCCAGCUGUACCUGUCUAAUCUGGCCAAUCAGAUUGACCGAGACUGUGGCACUGAGGACAUUCCAUUGGUCAUUAUCUUGGACGAUAUCAGUGACGCGUCUUCCAUCACUGACCUGGUCAACAGUGCACUGACCUGCAAAUAUCACAAAUGUCCUUACGUCAUUGGAACCACCAAUCAGUCUGUUAAGAUGCCAUCCAAUCAUGGCCUGCAUCUCAGCUUCAGAAUGGUCACCUUCUCCAACAACGUGGAGCCUGCAAAUGGUUUCCUAGUGCGUUACUUGCACAGGAAGUUGAUCGAAACGGAGGAUGAAGGCACAGUUCACAGCGCUGAGGUGCUGAGGGUUCUGGACUGGGUGCCUAAACUCUGGUACCAUCUCCAUACCUUCCUGGAGAAACACAGCACCUCUGACUUCCUCAUAGGUCCCUGCUUCUUCUUGUCUUGCCCAGUAUCAUUAGCAGAGUUUCGCUCCUGGUUUAUUGAUCUCUGGAACCAGUCCAUUAUUCCUUAUCUUCAGGAGGGAGCUAAGGAUGGUGUGAAGGUCCAUGGUCAGAAAUCAGCAUGGGAGGAUCCAGUGGAGUGGGUGAGGGAUACGCUGCCCUGGCCUUCAGCUCAACAGGACCAGGCCAAACUCUUUCACCUCCCUCCGCCAACCACUGGCCCCAAUUCUGCUCUAACACAGCAGCCCAGUGACGACAGGGUCACGUCCAACAAGGACACGUCUCUGUCCACAAUGGAGUCCGAUCCACUGAUGGCGAUGCUGCUGAAACUCCAGGAGUCUGCCAACUACAUCGAAUCACCCGAACGGGACAUUUCUGGCAACCCCACUUUCUAGGCUGAGCUAAAAGACUCGAGAGCUUACUAAUGGCUAGUGCUGUUACAAAACACUGUUCUGUACAGCUGAUUUGCACCUCCUGUCUCCUUCAAAAGACUUGUGAGAGUCGAGAAGAGAAACUCUCAAGAACAACCAUGUCAAGGCAGACAAAACUCUUAAGUCUGAAAGAAAAACAGAAGAACUGAUCCUGCCAGAUCUAUGCGAGAAUCUUUUUUGCACUGUUGUCUUAACCGGUCCUUCCUUUGCUUAUUUAACCUGCAAGUGGCAUGGCAAUACUUGCAACUGGGGAUUGUGAAGAUUGGACGAUUGUGAAGAUGAAAUGUUCUUAUCUACCAUACUGGGAACAAAAUGUGCUCCACAGUUGUUUGAUAUUACUUUUGACCAUAUGGACCAAAAAUCUAUUUAUUCUUGUUUGCAAAAGUACCAACACUCCAUCCUCAAGAUCAAGUCGCCUGAACCCUGUACACAAAGGUGCAGUUACAUUUAGACCAACUCGCAUGGAUGCAAAAUGUAAUGUACAAGAUGGUGCUUAGAAUUCAGCCUUAAAUGAUGUCCCUCCAUAUAUCAUAAAGUCAGUUCCAUAGCAAUCAGAAUAUUACUCUAUAUUACCUCACAGUUUGCAUAGUGAUGCAGUUUUAAGGUGCAGUACAUACCCAUAGCCAGGUUGCAUUCAUUCCUAUCAAACAUGCAGACAUCAGAAGGAUGUAGACUGUAGAGGAUGCACUUUGAUUCGUAGCUUUCAAUCAAGAGCACUGACUGGUUGUUCAAGAUUCGUAUGUUGUUCGCUCCAAUGGUGAGUUGUAGCAACAAAACAACCAAAAUUUGUGAGAGUUUGAGGCGACAUGAGUGAUAGAGACUCAUCAAGUUCAAUUAUAUGCAAACGUCAUGUGAUCUGCCGCCUGAUAUUGUUGAAAAAAGUUGCUGGAUUACGGUGGCACUUGGAAAUGCAGCAAAGCUGGGAAUGACUGCAGUAGGGUUCAUGUGAUCCACUGCCUGAUACAGUCGGAGGGCGACCUCAGGCAAAUAAAUAGCUGUCAGUUAUAACAAAGGUGCUGUUACCGGUGCAUGGGAACAGUAUGCAACAUAUUACUUUCAGUAAUUGUUUAUGUGAUAGUGCUUUUGACCUUAAGGUACAGAUAUACUUCAUUUUCCAUGUUUCCACACCAUUGAGCAUUCAAGCCCUUCACAGUAAACUUGAGCGUUGUGACCGUGAGCAUGUUCUAGUAAGCCUUCAAGCACUCAAAUCUCUUGCGCAAUCGCUGUUGUCCAUGCACAAGUCCAUGGCAUGCAGACACAAAAAAACGGGCUGCACACGAAUGUUGUGCACAGACAAGAAUUGCUUAACAUGGACUGUGCGAGCCAGAGCGAAACAUGGACAAGUGAAGUAUACUUUCAACUUUAGAUCCAGUACCCAAGGUGUUCAUUGAUCAUCAAGAUAAUCAAAGGCUUUGUUCUCACAGACACCCCAAACCAAAUUCACUUAACUUUGUGCUGAUGUAGCAACUAAUGUAGGCCCUGUUUCCACCUGGCAUUAACGUGUUUCAAAUGCAUCUCUUGUGAUCUCUUGUUUUUGGGUUUUGUUGAGAAACUCCCCUUUUAUUUUGGGAUACUCAACAUUUUUUUGCAAGAGUCCCAAGUGCGGCACACAAAAACUAUUAAAUGAAGGAAACCAUGUUGUGCAGCUUAUGAGCGAGCAGGAAUGUAAGCAAAUGAAAAAGAUACAGAUUGCAGCUGCCAACACCACGAAGUUUGCAUUACUUAUUUUGGUGCACUUUCUCUCAACACGUCCCAGAACAAUCAAGUGUUAGUUGAGCAGGUGGCAAGAAGGUGAUGUUUAACUUCAGUUCGGAGCACAUCCAGGACAAAUGAGGAUUCAUAUUAUUAAUGUGAUGUGGUCACAUGCAUUUUUGACUACCUCUGUAUGUGGUUUCAGUGAUCCGAUCACAGUUUUAGACCAUGUUUACACCUGCAUUUAGUGCCUAACACUUGUGAUCGGAUCAUCAAAAAUGCAUAUUAAUACAAGGUGGAAACAGGGCUGUAAAUAUACUGGAUAUUGGUUCCACUGCCUGAACAAAUGAAGCCAAUUUGAGCUCCUGCAAAAUAAGAUGUAGUUAGAUUGGUUUUGGAAACAAAUCAGGAUUGUUUGCAGUGUGAACAAAGCCAAAAUGGUUUAAACAAUUUGUUAUGUCUGGAGGAGGUUUAGCAAUUUAUGUUUGGCCUUUGUUAUGUCUAGAGUUUCAAAGCUAAAUCACAUCAGUGUUAGCUCAUGGUUUUACACACACUUAUGUCUUUUGGUCUUCUGUAACAAUGUAGCCAGUUUUGUAAAUGCUUAAUAGUUUUUUUUAUUAUUAUUUCUGGUCAUUUUAAGUCACAGGAUGACCCCAUAUCAGGGUCUUUUACAAACUCUCAAAUCAUUCCAGUAACAAUUGCAAUAAUGACAGAAUAUCUUGCAAUUCAACACAGCCUAAAAAAUAUCAAUGGUGGAUUGUAACUCAUUAAUGCGUUUGCUAUUGGAUGAUUACAGGUGCUCCAGAACUGUAUGUGCAUGAAAGCUUUAACUGAGGAAAAUUAUAGCUAAAAAAGGCACCUUAUUAUGAGACGCCAAAGGAUGUGUUGGCAACCAGUCUACAAGAGCAAAGAGAUCUUUUUCAUAAAUUACCAAAUUGAAACUGAAUUUCUCUUGUACAUGUACUAACCGGUUAGUACUAGCGCUAUAGCAAUGUCAGAUGAAACGUAAUCUGAGAAUGUAAACUGGAUCAAAACUUCAGUUUGCCAACACACCUAGUGCUCUAGAUGAUGCUUGCUGACUCUUGUGCUCGUGUUUACGUGUCCUGUUACUGUCAGACGUAGCUCUCCAAAUGAAUAACCAGAGGAGCAUUUUUUUAAGGUCUUUUUUCUCUGUUUUUUUUUUUUACUAACGGAUCUGAGUCUGACAUUUGUAAAUAGAUUUUCAAAAAAAAAUUGCCAAAAAAAAUGCAAACAAAAAAGGUCUAUGGUAGAACAAACAGAGCAAGGAUAAAGUAUAACGACUACUGUAUAAACUGAAUGUGUCUGUUUAGAUAUACAUUACAGCGAGGAUCGCGGUCAUCUCUCAGUUAUCACCUUUCCAGUAGAGGCAAGUUAACUGCCACAAAGUAACUAGAUCAUGUUGCCUAUGUACAUGUUUCACUAUAAAAGUGUCCUCUGUAUUCUCUUCCGGAUCGUACAAGGUAUUGAAUGGCUUUUACGAUUGAGUUGGCCAUAACAACCCAUAAAAAAACAGUAAAAAAAUAAGUGGCAGCGGUGCUUCAAAUCACACAAGUACCCCAAAAUCUGUCUUAACAGCUCAUCGUAUGAUCAUAAACUUCCCUUAAUCGCUUAAGGAUAGUUUGGGGCUUUGGGGAAGAUUCAAGGUAAAGGUGUUUGUCAUGAAAAUGUGCCUAAUAUAAGCCAACUCGUUGGACAUUGCAAUACCUAAACUAUUAUGUUUUGCAAGGGAUUGUUUGCUGUGGAGGAUAAGAAUGCGAGCGAACGUGUUAUCCUUUUUUAUGCUAGC